UUGAAUGCAGUACAAAGCAAUGCAGUGCAAGAUAUGCGGAUUGUUAAACCCGUACAUGUCGCUUUUGGUGAGGAUCCCGUGUAUGGAGACCCUAGGCCUAGUAGUAGUACGCACGAACUGAGUGAUCAGGCGCAGGCCAGCACUAGUCGUACACGUACACCCGCAGGUCCGCAUGCCCCGCACGUGCACAUCGAUCCUGCUGCUGAGAACCCUGAGCCUGAGGCUGAGGCUGAACACGAACAGCGUUCCGCCACCGAUGUCGAUGUCGAUGUCGACUCGCCGUCCCAGCUGUCGAUGCUCACGCAGUUGGUCACGCAAAUGGCUCAAGUGCAACUCACUCAGGCCACACGGCGAUUCUCUCAGAAGGUGCCACUGGCUAAACUGCGCCCUGGGGACGAUGUUGAGGCAUUCCUCACCAGUUUCGAACGAUCCAUGCGGGCGUACAGAGUUCCUCCGGACGAUUGGGUCUAUUUGCUAAGCCCCCAACUGACUGACAAGGCCUUGUUGGCAUACACGGAACUUGCCUCCACUGAGGCUGACAGCUACGACCGCGUGAAGGAGGCCAUUCUCCAUCGCUAUGCCGUUACCCCAGAAACGAGCCGCCGUAAAUUUCGGGGCACUACGCUGCAGAGCUCGGAGUCCAUGAUUGACUUCGCCGUCCGUGUCCGUGACACUGGCAGUCGUUGGCUAAGCCCCGCAUCCUCGCGCGAAGCCAUAUGUGAGUUGAUCCUACUGGAACAGUUCUUGUCUGCGCUUCCUUUUGGUUUACGCACUUGGCUGCGGGAACGCAAACCGUCGUCCCUCGACCAGGCUGCUUCGCUAGCGUAG